AUGAUUGUCGACACAUCUUCAAUUGCAGGUUACACAAUCUUUCGGGAAGAGGCCAGCGACGCCGCGCCCGACUUGUCCAAGGCCCGCUCAGUCCAUCCCUUAGACCAGCUAUCGAUUGAAGAGAUACGUGCCGCCGCUCACCUCAUCCGCCAACAUGCCGACCCCAAGGUCGUCAAAUUCAACUGCCUGACGCUCCACGAGCCCAGAAAGCUCGAGUAUGCCGCCUUCCGUGCCGGCCGUGGACCCCGUCCUGACCGUCGUGCCUUCGCCAUCGUCCUCGAGAGGGGCACUUCGGACGUCGCGGAGGUUGUCGUGAACCUGACCAGGCUCAAGGUCGAGAACUGGAAGCCUGUGGCCGACGUUGCACCGACCCUAACCCUCGAGGACCUCGACGUCUGCGAGCGCGUUGCCAUCGCCGACCCCCGUGUCAUUGAGGCGUGCCGCGAAAUCGGCAUCACCGACAUGGCCAAGGUCUUCAUUGACGCCUGGGCCAUCGGUUUUGACAACCGCUGGGGCAUGGAGCGCCGCCUCCAGCAGGGUAUCGUCUACUACCGCAACUCGCCCAACGACAACCAGUACGCUCAUCCCCUCGACUUUAGCGUCGUCGUCGACACGGAGCGGGAGGAGGUCCUCGCCGUCGACAUUCGUCAUGUCGACGGCAAGCGCGUGCCUGUGCCCCUGCGCGAGCACAACUACCUGCCCGAGUUUGUCGCCGACACGUUUGUUCACGACAAGCUCAAGCCCAUUGACAUCACUCAGCCUCAGGGCGUCUCGUUCAGCAUGAACGGCAGCGAGCUCACCUGGGCUGGCUACAAGAUGCACAUUGGCUUCAACUAUCGCGAGGGCAUCGUCAUCUCCGACGUCAGCAUGUAUGACCAUGUCGAGCAGCGUGACAGGGCUCUUUUCAACCGCAUCAGCGUUGUGGAGAUGGUCGUCCCGUACGGCAACCCCAAUCCCCCUCACCAGCGGAAGCACGCCUUUGACGUCGGCGAGUACGGCACUGGUCUCAUGACGAACUCGCUGAAGCUGGGAUGCGAUUGCAAGGGCGUCAUCCACUACAUCGAUGCCAUCAUGACGACUAGCUCGGGCGAGCCCGCCGUCGUCAAGAACGCCAUCUGUAUCCACGAGGAGGAUAACGGCCUCCUUUAUAAGCAUACCGACUAUCGCGACGGCACCGUCACCUCAGCUCGUGACCGCAAACUCAUCGUCUCGCAAAUCAUCACGGCCGCCAACUACGAGUAUGCCUUCUACCACACCUUUACCCUUGAUGGCACCUACAAGCUCGAGAUCAAGUUAACGGGCAUGCUCAACACUUAUCUGCUGCACCCUUCGGAGACAGCCGCCCCGUUUGGCACCGAGGUGGCGCCUGGCCUCGAUGCCCACAACCAUCAGCACAUCUUCUCGCUGCGCGUCGAUCCUGAGAUUGACGGUCCUCGCAACACCGUUGUGCAGAGUGAUGCUGUUCCCGCUGACGACCCUGUCGGUAGCCCCGGCAACCUUUAUGGGAACGGGUUUUACUGCAAGAAGACGCCCCUCCUGACGGCCAAGCAGGGUGCCGUCUCGUACUGUCACGAGACGAGCCGCUCCUGGGACAUUACGAACCCGAACCGCCUCAACCCCUCGAGCAAGAAGCCAGUCGCUUACAAGAUUCUCAACAACAACUGCCCUGCUCUCCUCUCGAAGCCGGGCAGCAAUGUCUGGAAGCGCGCUGCCUUUGCCCGCGAGUCGCUCUGGGUCGUUCCUUAUCGCGACCACGAGCUCUUCCCGGCCGGCGACUACGUGUGCCAGUCUACGGGCGAGCUGGGACAUGCUCACAACCAGGCUGUGCUCGACUGGGUUGAGCGUGAUGAGCCAAUUGAUAACACCGACAUUGUCUGCUACAUCCAGUUCGGGCUGACCCAUUUCCCGAGAACCGAGGACUUCCCCGUCAUGCCGGCAGAGCCUGUCAGCGUCAUGCUGAGGGCGAGCAACUUCUUCGAGAAGAACCCUGCGCUCUGGGUCCCGCCGACGGCCAUCCUGGGUGAUUCCGUCUCGAGGGAUGCGUUUGGAAAGGGGGACGCCAAGGGUACCUGCUGCUCUGGAUCGCUGAAUGUGUCGUCGAAGCUCUGA